GCAGUCGCGGCCCUUUCGGGAAGGUUCUGUGUCGCACCAGCCUUUCCUUCCUCCGCCAGGGAAAUCCUGUCCGGCUUCCCGGAGGUUCUGCUCGUUGAGACGGGUUCUAACUGGGAGCGCAAGGGCGGAAUAGACGGCUCCGAGCCGCAGGAGUGGGACAGAAGGGACUGCCAGGAAGAUCUUCGUGCAGCGCUGCUGCCAGUUAGAGAGAAACCUGCCGCCUCUCCUCUCUCUUGUGAUCACCUGGAGAGGAGAGUGCCCACUUUCACCGCUGCCUCCUGCUCUGCCUGCUCCUGCUUUCAGCAUGGUAAAGAAGAAUACUAUCCCUGAUGGAUGGCGGAGUUUGACACCAGUUGGACAGCCUAUACCAGGAACGAGAUUUAUUGCAUUCAAAGUACCUUUAAAAGGGGCAAUUAACCAGAGGCUUACCCCAACCCAGAAAUUUACACCAAAAGACUUAAUUGCUGCAAUGAAAGCCCUAAAUGUGGAGCUUGGAUUAAUUAUUGAUUUAACAUAUACCACACGAUACUAUGAAGUUAAGGAUUUACCUAAAAGUGUGCAGUAUAAGAAACUUUAUACUGUUGGACUUGAAGUCCCUGAUAAUGCUACUAUCCUACAGUUCAAAAAGUGGGUCAGAAAAUUCCUUUGGGAAAAUGCAGGAAAUGAGAAACUCAUUGGCGUGCACUGUACUAAUGGAAUUAAUAGAACUGGCUACCUUAUAUGUAGGUAUCUUAUAGAUGUUGAAGGCUGGGAUCCAGAGGCAGCAAUUCAGGCUUUUGGCGAUGCCAGAGGUCAUCGCAUGGAUGGCCUCGUGUAUCUCACAGAUCUCAGGACACAGCCAAUGCGAAGUAACCUUGGAAUGGAUGUAUGGGAUGCAGAUGAAGAUAUUAUCCCACCACCACAUGCGAUGGAAGGAUCUGUAGAACGGUUCCCAAAUGAAGAUUUUCAGGGGUCUGGGAAAAGAUUAAGAAUUUAUGAUGACCACUCUUACAAUGAUUUGCAAGGACAGAUGCAGUUGCGAGAUUUUGACUUUGUUAAUAAGGGGCCUGGACAAAGACGAAGACCAUUUCAUGACCAUCAAACUCAGGAUGAAUUAAGAGCAUCAGUGCAGAUGAGAAAUUGGGACUACAAUAGGGGACCAGAACAAAGACAAAGAGCCUUUUCUGAUCACCAAUUUUAUGAUGAUUAUCAAGAAGACACGCAGCUGAAGGACCUAGAGUUCAGUACCAAGAGACAUGGACAGAGUUUGAGACCUUUUCAUGGACACCAGUUUCAUGAUGAUUUGCAAGCAGACAGACAGUCUUUCGACUUCAGCAGAGGCCGGGAACAAAGGCAGAGAUCUUUUCCUGACCAUCCAUCUCCUAAUGAUUUGCAGGAAGAUAGGCAGUCAAAGGAUUUUGAUUUCAAUGGCAGGGGCCGUGGCCAGAGGCGAAAACUGUUCCAUGACCACCAAUCUCGGGAUGAAUUUCAGACUCAAAUGCAGUUAAAAGAAUUGGAUUCUGCCAGUAGAGGUCCUGGCCAAAGACUAAGAUCCUUCCAUGACUACGAGUCACAUGAAGACUUGCAGACACAGGUGCAAUUGGGAGAUUUUGAAUUUCUUAAGAGGGGUCAUGGGCAGAGGUUUAGACCUUUCAAUGAUCACCAGCCUCGCAAUGACUUAAAAUCAGAGAUGCAACUGAAAGAUUAUGAUAAUAAAGGUCCUGGACAAAGGUGCAGACCAUUUCAUGACCCUCAGCCUUAUGAUGGCUUACAGGAACAGACUCAAUCAAAAGAUUUUGAUUAUGGUAAUAAAGGGCACGGAAAAAGGCCAAGGCCUUUCCACGAUCAUUCAGGUCGCAAUGACUUGCCACGUGAAUGGUGUUCAGACAGAAGUCAGUCCUUUUCUUCCCAUGAAAAUGUACCAGAACCACAUUUCUCCUCAUCUCCUUCACUUCACAGGGAUUAUGGGUCUGAUAAUGAUGACUUUAACAGAAAUUACAGUAAUCGACCACAUUGUCCUGAAGACAAUAGGAGACUGCAUCCCUCAGAGGAAUUUAAUAGAGGAAAAAACAGAUUUGCACCAUACUCUUCACGAACAAUGCACCCAUCUUCAUCCAUACAUCAAGAAGAUAGUUCAACAGACUAUGAAAGAAAGCCUUUUCAGGGUGAAACUACCAGAAGCAUGGAACAAAGUAAAAGAUUGCCAGUUGUAACAGUUGAUUACAAUUAUGGUCUGCCACUAGAUUGUGGACCUGAAGAGGAAGAGAGAUCACAUUAUGAUUUACCACCCAGAGACCACUACAACUGGAACUGAAUAAAAAGAACUAUGUUUGCUCUGCUUAGAAUUGCUUUAUCCCAUUUUAUUUUGUAUGUGGACCAAUUUUUUUUUAAAGCAAAUUAGUUAAAUGAAAAUUUCAGUAGUAAAGAACAGGUCUCUAUUGUAAGAUUAACUUCUACUGAUGUUUGGUUCUUUAAAUUUAUUAGGCUGUAUUUGUUAAGUGUCAUUGUAGACAAUAUCUCUGUACACAUGGAACUAAAGCAGUCUUUCCUUUUAGUAAAAUUGCAACCAUGAAACAAACAACCCUUUAAAACAACUUUUUGAGUGAUUUUGUUUGUUUUUUGUUUUACAGUUCUUUAAAAUAUAUGUGAUUUCCAGAUGCAUAAUAAAACAUUGCACUAUCAGGUAGACUAGCAUUGAAAUAAUAAGGAAUAUACUUAAAAAUGAAUGAAUGAAGCCAAGUUAUGUCCAUUUCAUCCUUUAAUUUGAAAACAGAAGUUUGAAUUAUUGCUAACAAUCACUGCAGCAUCACAAUUUACUUCCAUAUUAUCUGUACCAUCCACUGAACUGACAUAAUUGCAUUCUUUUUCAUAGCAGAAUUUUUCCCAGAUUGCUAAGAACAUGUAAGCAAGUGGAGUUUGAAUGUUGUAAAUGUCAAACUUGCUUUUCAGUAAUUGGAAUAUCUCAUUCUGAUUGUGUAUUUUUUCCUGAUCCCUUAGGUUACCUAUGUUUCAGAAUAGCCUACUGCAGGUAGAUUUCACCAGUUUCUCAGCAACAAAUCCUAAGGAAGGUAGGUCAUGUACGUCACCUUAGCUGUCUCGACUGGCCAAGGGCACUGGUGCCGAUAUACUUACACCUCCUCAUUUGUCAGUCAUAUCUGUCCUACUCCACAGUUCUGUUUUUUCAGUAGUUUCUUCUUACAGCAGAGUAAUCAGAACAGAAGAGUUACUUCUUGGGGUGAGCUCCUUUUAAGUCACGUAUUGAACAGUCUCCUGAACUGCCUGUAGCUCUCACAAAGGUAGUGCACCAAACAGUAACUGAAUUUAUGCCAGCAGCUGCACAGAAGCACCAACAGCGCCUACUAUGGAUAAAGAAAUCAUUCAAUAGGAUGGAAAACAGUAUUGCUAUUAUAUUUGGAUAAAUUAAAAUACCUAUAUUUUUCACAAUUAUUACAUUUUAAUGAUGUAAUGCUUUAAAAGGCAUUACAGUAAAUUAGGAUAAAGAUAGACCAUUAAAAUAAAAAAUUGAAUGCAAGCUACUUAACUCAUACAAUUAAGACACUGCCUUAAAAGCAAAGUUUUAAAGCAUCAAGCAAGAGGGUGUACACAAGAAAACUGGGAAAAAAGCAUUCAUAGCCAAAAUCCAGAAAGUAUUUUUUGCCUUUUGGUGACAGCAUAAAACCCAGAUUUCUGAAUUUGUGGUUCUGGACUAAAAAGGAAUUAGAUUGGAGUAUCUUAACUCUUGUUUUGUAACACAUGCCAACAGUUCCCUAGUGAAAGGACUCUGGAUAUAAAUUCAUACUGCAAAGUUCCAUUGCCUGUGCAACUGGUAGAACAACUUUGGCUUUGUUCAUUGUGCAAAGUAAAUAGUUUUCUCAUUUUCACAGCAGCUUUGUAUUUCCCAUUAAAUUGUAUUUGCCAUCAAAUCUGAUGGUUAGCUACAUUCAUGUGGUCUCAGGAAUGAAGCUCUGUCUAUAUAAACUGGUUGUGGAACUGAACACUAAAUGUUAAGGCAUUUGUUCCUUCACUUGCCUUUUUUUUUUUUUAAUUGAGCUGUAAGAUGAGAAUCUUUAUCUAGACUUCUUUAUUUGGAAGCAAGAAAGAUCUGCAACAUGGGCUGCUAUAGUGCUAGAUCCUUUUAAAAAUCAACAGAAAAACACCCUGCCAUUCUCCAACAGGGGCCCAAGAAUUACAGACUGAUACUACAAGCAUUUGUUUGAGUUUUUUCUACUAUGUAUGCAGUAUUCAUAAAGUGAAAAAAGAGCAGCAAACAUUUGCCCUUUGUAUUUUUGUAUUGGAAUUUGUUAUUUAGGAUUGCAGUGACCCUACAGUUAAUCCUUUGCUCCUUCAGACUGGAGAGCUGACAAGUUGGUGCACUGGAAAGCUCAGUGAAGAAGAUAUGUGGCAUAAGAAGUUAGGAUGAGCAGGAGCUCUUACCAGCCCUUGUCAGUUCCUGCAGGACCCUUUGAGGGUCCAGAUGCAAACAACCAGGUGGUGCAAUUCCUGUUAUCUGACAAAAUAUUUGUCACUUUCCUACUUCUGUUGAAUGUUUCACUUCAGGGAAUAUUAUUAGACAUCAUGUUUCCACAAGUGGUUUUGAGAGGACUGCAUGGAAGUAGACAUAGUUUUGUUUGUUUGUUUAUAAUUUAGGAUAAGGCUUUCCACUCUAUUGUUCCUAAUGGAAUUAGGCAGAACUAAGCCCACAUAAUACAUUAUGAACUCCAGCUGACAUUUACCUCACAUUCCACAGUUGAUUCAUCACUGUAUAUUCACAUCUGUACUAUUUAAUUGCUAAUUAAAUUCACAGGGUGAAGAAUGAAAUUAAAUGUUUCUUGUUUUUUAAGGGAAUAUUGUAUUACAGCAGCACUCAUAAAUAAAACACAAUACUUUUAUUUAUUUCACAGUUGUACAAAAAGGUCAUAAAAUUUAGCUGAUUUCUUUUGUGUAUGUUCUCAGCAAACCUAGAACUUGUUGUAUCACAGAGCAUAAAAAGCCAGAUAGUGUUGGUUUCCCUGAAUGUGAAAUUUUGAAGCAAAUAACAAGAAUACAGAAAAUCCA